UCUCCCACUGGAAGCCGUCGUCGUCACUGCCGAGUCCAGUCAUCGCACUCCUCCCCCCACUUCUACUAGCUUAGCCUCUCCCGCCGGCGGCGAUGCCCGCCCUCUCCUUACCCUUCUCGCCUCUUCGAUCUCUGCGGUAUACUUCCAUCGUCGCAGCCAACAUCUGGUCCCCCUCGUCCCUCCUCCCGCCCCUUCUCCGAUCCUCGUCCCGGUUCGCCCGCCCAUCUCUUCGGCCCUCCAGUUCGAUCUUUUCGGUUUCUACCAAGUACGUCGGAAGGAGCGUUGCAGUAGCCGUCGAGUCGAUGGCGGUGGAGCCGCCUUCCCACCCCACCUACGAUCUCAAGGCCGUCAUCGCCCUUGCUCUCUCAGAAGACGCUGGAGAUCGAGGAGAUGUGACUUGCUUGGCCAUUAUUCCAAAGGACAUGAAAGCAGAAGCUCACUUCAUUGCAAAGGAAGAUGGGGUUGUUGCUGGAAUUGCUCUUGCAGAAAUGAUAUUUAAUGAGGUUGAUCAUUUCUUGAAGGUUGAAUGGUCUGUAAAGGAUGGCGACCUUGUAUGCAAAGGCAUGCAGUUUGGAAAAGUAUAUGGAAAUGCACAUAGCAUAAUAGUGGCUGAGAGGAUUGUUCUUAAUUUCAUGCAAAGAAUGAGUGGAAUAGCUACACUUACAAAGGCCAUGGCAGAUGCUGCACACCCUUCUUGCAUCUUAGAGACUAGGAAAACUGCUCCUGGGCUACGUUUGGUGGAUAAAUGGGCGGUACUGAUUGGAGGAGGGAAAAACCAUAGGCUUGGUUUGUUUGAUAUGGUAAUGAUAAAGGAUAAUCAUAUAUCGAUAGCUGGUGGUGUCGCAAAUGCAUUGAAAUCAGUGGAUGAAUUCUUACAGCAAAGCAAUCUCCAAAUGCCUGUCGAGGUGGAGACAAGGACUUUGGAAGAGUUGGAAGAGUUAUUGGAAUUUUCUAGUCAGAAUAGGACAUCCUUGACUCGGAUUAUGCUGGAUAAUAUGGUGGUUCCUCUUCCAAACGGAGAUGUGGAUGUCUCAAUGCUGAAGGAUGCAGUUCAGUUGGUUAAUGGUAGAUUUGAGACUGAGGCAUCUGGAAAUGUUACCAUUGAAACAGUAAAGAAAAUUGGGGAAACUGGAGUAACCUAUAUUUCCAGUGGAGCAUUGACGCAUUCUGUGAAAGCACUUGAUAUCUCACUCAAGAUAGAUACAGAGCUCGCCCUGCAGGUUGGCCGCCGUACAAACCGUGCAUGAUCCAUUUAGUAUUAUGUCUCAAGUUUCUGGAUUUGCAAGGCCUAUUUUGUUUUCUGGUAUCAUAACCGGCUUUAGAUGCCUAUCACAUCCUUAGAAAACAAAAGGUUCUACCAUUCGCGGUUAAAUAAAAACCAUUGCUUGUAAGUUGUUGAAGUGUAAAUUUCAUGCAAAUGCAAUUACCAAGUAACUAAAGAUGGUUCUUCUCUAGUA